AGCAGUGUGAGAGCCAUGCGCUCCUUCUGGGCAAAGUGACAAGACUUUCGUAUGGAUGUGUCGUUCUGUUCAAGGAUAUUCUCGGGAAUUUCAAUACCUGGAACAUCCAAGCUACAGUAUCUGCCCACCGCACACUUACGGAUAGGAACUUUCCUUUUUCUGUGCUCAUCAAGCCUCACAUAUGAUUCCCUCAUAAGAUAUUUCUAUCCGCUGGUUUUUGAGCGGCUUUCAACACAUCUCCUGCUAAUUGAGAAAUAUGCUGCAACCUCUAGACUUCUACAAGUGCAAAAACAAAGUUACUGCUGCCAGCUAUGAAUGAUCUAUUACACUAAAAGCUGCCGGAUAGCAAUACAAAUGGUCAACACUAAAGGAGCAGAGUGAACAAAAUCGCUUUACAAAUUGACUUGACCUUAGAGAACAAAAGCACAAGGAUAAACAGAUUUGCAACCAUACUUAAGUGGAUACUAUCAGGCGAAGAAAUUGCUUGGUAUACAUUGGGGUCCAGCAAUGCAUAGUUCAAUUUGCAUUGCUGGACCCCUUCACAUGAUCAGAAAUGGCUGAUAAGGAUCCUAUAUGAAAUCCAAUUUAACUCUGAACUUAAGCUAACAGGGGGAAAAAAUACUUAAAAGACUAAAUCUAAAUUCAAAGCAAUGUGUUCUGUCAUGGAUGACAACCUUGAGGAUUCAGUUGUUACAUGCUGGAAGACAAUCCUAUAUAAUGUCCUCAUUGGAGUGGUGUUGGUUCUCAUCAUAAUCAUUACAAUAUGUGGUAAUGUGGUGGUAUGCCUGGCGGUUGGAUUUGACAGGCGGCUCCGAAGCAUGACAAACUGUUUUAUUGUCUCUUUGGCUAUCACAGACCUUCUGUUGGGUAUUCUGGUGCUACCCUUUUCAGCCUUGAACUUGUUACAUGAAGAAUGGCCUUUCGGAUCUACAUUCUGCAAUAUUUAUACCAGCUUGGAUGUUAUGCUGUGCACAGCCUCUAUUCUAAAUCUUUUCAUGAUCAGCUUGGACCGCUACUAUGGAGUUACAGCUCCUCUGCGCUACUCCAUGCUUGUGACUCCUUGCCGUGUAGCCAUAGCUAUGGGGGUAAUAUGGGUUGUAUCUCUUAUGGUCUCCUUCCUUCCAAUCCAUCUUGGCUGGAAUACAAAAGAUAAAUCUAUCCAAAACCUCAGAGGAGAUGGAAACAAAGAAUGUAAGUUGGAGGUGAACAAGGAAUAUGUUUUAGUAGAUGGCUUGCUAACUUUUUAUCUUCCUUUAGUAAUAAUGUGUCUCAUGUAUUACAAAAUCUUCAAGAUUGCCAGAGAACAAGCCAAGCGAAUAAAUCAUGCCAAUUGCUGUAAUGCUGUGAGUCCUACACUACCCACUGUUCGAGAACACAAAGCUACUGUUACUUUGGCAGCUGUCAUGGGGGCCUUCAUCAUCUGUUGGUUUCCUUAUUUCACUGUAUUUACAUAUGAAGGAGUGAAUGACAUUGAAGUUGAUGAAACAGCCUUCUUAAUAGUCCUGUGGUUAGGUUAUGCCAACUCUGCCCUCAACCCAAUUUUGUAUGCUGCUCUGAAUAGGGACUUCCGUACAGCCUAUCAACGCCUCCUGCAUUGUCGACGUGUGGGUCCACUUAGCAAUGAAACCCCUCUUACUCUCCUUCACAUUCGACAUCCAGAAGAACGAAUGCUUCAAGAUAUGCAAAACCUGCAUGACCACAAGCCACAUGACCAGCAAGAAACAAAUGGAAAAGAAUGUAGUCCUUUUAUCAAAAAUGUUACAGAAAGCAAGACUUAUCCCAGAUGGUGUACCAUAUGUUUGGAUUACAUGACCUGCAGAGCACGGCUGUGGCUUCUUAAAUACCUCCCAAAACAAAUCAUAUGGACUUCGAUGUUAAAGGAAACUGAGGCUGAAGCUCCAAGCGAGGAGCACGUUCUGCAGUCCGUUACAUCAUUGCCAUCACUCCAUCCGAACACAGUAAUGAAGUAAAAAUCUUUGAUGUUUUCUUAUACAGGGCAAUGGAGACCUUACUGACCUAAAUCUAGGUCACAAAUUCUUUGAGGAUAAGCAAUCUCACAUUAGAAAUUGAAGGAUGGUUGUGUCAAUGAAAUGCAGACUCCUGAAAGAAAUAUUUAGAAAUAAAAUUCAUGGAAAAUAAAGAAAAUACAUACGUCUAUAUAAACUGCUUGGAGAGAUGAUUUGUACUGUGACAUACUAUUCAACACUGUGAAUGAAACUCAUCACCCGCCAUCUAUACGCUAAUAUAAAUGUCUUCAUUGUGAAGCCUCUACAGCGACUGUCAAUGACUUGGAUGUCAUAUUUCAGAAGUGUGGGUAUGAUACAAGCAGUCAGCACUUUGAAUUCUGGCCAAAGUUUCCAUUAUAAAUACAGUUCCAGUAUAUUUAUAUGUGUGACUUCUGGUUUUCCUAUUAAAUAUUUUACAUCUUACAACAUGACAUUCAUACAAUGGUUUGAAUUGUUCAGGUAACAUUAAAGGCUAUAGUUUCUCUCACACAUGAGCACUUUUACUAAAUUUGUAUUUGCAUUAAAACUUUCUAUAUAUAUUAGUCAUGUAUAGCAUACCAUAAACUGGCAUUGGCUCAGGAGGCAUUCUCUUAAACUAACAGAGUAGGGGAAAUUUAUCAAUCCCUGUGCUAGUUCAGAGUGGCAAAGUUGUACAAUUUUUUGUGUGCAGGCUCCGUUUUGUGGUCAUUUUUUUGUGCCAAGUGGGAGUUCAAACAACAUGCUACUCUAUGCUGGUGCAAGGAAUGAUACAUUUCCCCCUAAAUCUUGAAAAAAAAUAAUAAUAGCUACGUCCUCUCUUGUCAUAUUCUCACUUCCGAAGCAACUCCUGCCUUUGGUUUUGAAGGCCCUCAUGGACAAUGGAUUACAAAACACAGCAUGCAGAACAAAAAUCAAUUGCUUAACUUCAUACACUUUGAUGUGGAGUUUUACCGAAAUAUUAUAGAUUUCUUAGGAGUUUUAAAGGGGUACUCCACUGGAAAAAGUCUUAUUCCCUAUACAAAGGAUAGAGGAUAAAAUGUCUGAUCACUGGGGUUCCACCGCUGGGGACCCCUACAAUCUCCUGGCCAGCAAAAGCGGCAUCCGGAAGAUGGCAGCUUAUAGCUUUCAUGUUUGUGAUUUCACGCCAUGCCCCCUCCAUUCAUAUCCAUGAAAGGGGGCCUGACAGCUAGUAUGUAGCUGUCACGCCUCCUCCCAUAGACAUGAAUGGAGGGGGCGUGGCAUAUGUAGCCGCCAGUCAUCAGGCACGGAGCAGAGUUUUUUCAAUGCGCCAGAUCACUGGGAUGCCGCAGUGGAGAUUGCCGGGCUCCCCAGUGGCGGGACCCCCAUGAUUGGACAUCUUAUCCCCUAUUCUUUGGAUAGAGGAUAAGAUGUUUUCCGGUGGAGUACCUCUUUAAAUGUGGAUUAGUACCAUGGGUCUACUUUGCACCAUAGCAACCCAACGUGGUUUCUGUGUGGAACAUGGAUAGAACAUAAUCAGUAGGAGACAUAUAGCAUAAGCUGCUAAUUCUUAUUGAAAACAAUUACAUACGGUUUUUGGAGUUUAAUUCUUGUGGAUUUAGGCACAAAAUACAUGCAGAUUCUGCUUCGGAAUAGAGUGGUAGAGGAAGAAGGGAUGAUAUCUGGGGACAAACAGUACCGUGGGGAGGGAGGGGGAGGAUACAAGUGUCUAUGGAAAAGCUUACCUAAAGUGAACACCCUUCAUUUUUGAAAUUUGCUUUCUCCAAUGUGCUGUGGUACCCAAGACAAGGGAAAGCAUCUUUAGAUAAUACAUUCUACUAGUUCAUAUAAAAGGCACAAAGUUGUUCUUCAUAAAAUCAAGUACUGUACUAAUAUAGAUAAAUGUGCAUAUAACAAACCAUAAACAUUGGCUGCAGUAGAAAAAAAGUUUAAAUCUGUCAUCCACAUACUGUAUUAAGAGAAACAAUGUGGGCCGCAGAACUGACACCUACACAGAACGGGAAACUAAGCACAGAAAGUGGAACUGGCACGUGUGUUUCGACCACUUCUUCAAAUAUUUUCUGAAUGGUUGAAUGUAGAAAUAAAAAUCAAUUUUA